AUGUCAUUGAAUUUUUUCAAGUUCAACUGUGUGGAGCCAAAAUGCAAGUUUCAUGAUAAGCUUCACUUGCAUUGCGGACAGAUACGCUGUCAUUUCGCUUCGAAUGACCCUCUCAUCAUAUCCAAUCAUAUUUCUGUUUUCCACCCAGAAAAUGCAGAUAUCCCAGAAGAUCGGGAAUUAUACCAUAUCGAUGUUUCAUGUGCAUCUGACAUGUGUCAAUUCAAUACUAGCAGUACUCAUUGGCACUGUAUCAGAUGCCAAGCGGGGUUCGAGAUUGUUGGUCUCCACUGUUGUCCAGUUCCCACAUCACCUCCAAAACUUGAUUGUUGUGCUCGUCCGUUUUGUAAACUGAAGAAAAAAGCUCACUUUCAUUGCAAGACCUGUGAUCAGGUAAUAACAUUUUUUGAAUACCGUAAAACCUGUAUUGAAGGGCCCUCCGAAAAGGGCUGGGAAAAAUUGACCAACACAUUGGGAUGCAUGAAAAAAGUGUGUGGUAACAAUGCACAAAAUGAGUUCCGACGUUGUCCAGAUACCGAUGGAUCGUGUGGUAAUUAUCACACAGAAAGAUCAUCUGGAGAAAUUAUUGAUGGAGUCGAUGUGCGAUGCCAUGUUGGGGAACCGAUCUACGCUCCGAUUGAAGGAGAAAUGUACUUUUGGAGACCUUUUGGUGGAAAACGAGAGAAGUCUUGUGCAGACCACGGAGUAAGAAUCGAGGGAACAGGACAGUGGCAAGGCUACGCAGUUCACAUUUCUUCUGUGAAAUUGUCCUUCUACGGAGGGCAUGUUGAGGUUGGAGACGAAAUUGGAGAAGCUUUGAAUCGGUACUGUUUCAAUGAUCGAGGACAACAUGAUGUUGAACCCCACGUUGAGAUCAAGUUAUACAAAGAAGGAAAACUGAUUGAUCCAACACAUCAUCUUCAAAAUUGUAUGUGCACUGGUCAAAUUUGCGAAUCUAACAGUCGGAACACCCUUCUCGGAGAUCCAUUCAAAACUGACAAAAGAUUCAACGGAGUUCGUGGAUGGGAUAUUGAGUGUCAGAUGAUCAACGAUGACAAUGAAGAUUCUCCACGUGUCCCAAUGAUUUACUCUCCAAUCGCUGGAGAAACUGUUGGAAGAAUUCGUCUGUUCACUGAUGGAAAUGGAGCUUAUACAGGAUGUGAUAACGAUGGAAUUUUUAUCGUUGGAAUCGACGAUUGGCUGGGAUUCGAGGUCAGACUGUACAAUGUGAAGGCGAGAUCUGAUAUCGGAUUUGGAAGGAAACGAAUUGUACAAGGAGAACCAAUUGCAACCAGACUCGGUUGUGAUAAUAGUCCGGAUAGUGUUUUUCUGGAGGUUCGUUUCGAAGGACGAGUUGUCAACAUCACUGAUAUCAUCACCGCGGACAACUGUAAAAUGCCAAACUUCCCUGUAUUUUGA